AAUUGUAAAUUCCGGCGGGCCAAUCAGGUGUGAAUAAACAGAUCAUCGGCGAGAUGAGUUGGGAUGAAAAUUUUUAUGAGGGCCACAAGAAUGAAGUUUCGGAAGAGCAAAUAGAAAUGAGCAAUAUGGAAAACUCAGAACCAGAACUGAUUGAAAAGGAAAAGAAAAGUACCAACGGGUGCUUGGGAUUCCUGAAAAAAACUUGGGCAAAGUUUACCGAAACCAAAGAAAUAAAUCCGGAUGAUUUGGACAGCCUCGACAUGUAUUACCUAAACUCCGAGCUCGAAGACUUGGAGACACCUCCCCGCUACCGACCGGACAGCCUGGAAGCCCUCUGUCGAGCCACCCGCUUCACUCAGGCGGAGAUCAAGAGGAUCUACCGGGGCUUCAAGGCGGAGUGUCCCACCGGGGUCGUCAAGGAAGAGACUUUCAAGAUGAUUUACGCCCAAUUCUUUCCACAAGGUGCCAACACUAGCCAAUAUGCCCAUUACGUUUUUAACACAUUGGAUCAAGAUCGCAGCGGACUGAUCAGUUUUGAGGAUUUCGUGCAGAACCUGUCCAUCCUGUCGAGGGGCUCGCUGGACGAAAAGCUGCGCUGGGCGUUCUCCCUCUACGACAUCAACGGGGAUGGCUGUAUCACACGUGAGGAAAUGACGGAUAUUGUUUCCGCUAUCUACGACCUGAUGGGGAAGCUGUCCGAGCCCUGCAUAGACGAAGACACGGUAAAGGAGAAAGUGGAUAGGAUAUUUCAAAAAAUGGACAAGAACAGGGACGGCGUCGUCACGCUGGACGAGUUUUUGGAGUGCUGCCGGAAAGACGAGGGCAUCUCCACCUCCAUGGCGGUGUUCGACUCGUCGAUAUGACGUUCGCCCGUCGGCGUUCGGGCACCUCCUCCAACGUGGGCAUGAGGCGAAUGUCGGCGACUUGUGUCUUCGAAUCAACUACGACCAACUUUAUUAACUAUAGGAAGCAAGAUUUGAACGACGCGGUGAUACCAGUGGCGGCGGUGUAAAAUAUCAUAAACAGGGCCGGACUGUCUAUAUUUAUACAAUUUUUAAUUUACUUAAAUUAUAGAUUUUCAUGAGCUACGUCAGAGUUACAAGUUUUUUUAAUAUUUUGACAGUGAAAAUUUGAGAUAAGCAUAAUUUAAAUUCUGAAGUUAUAUCCUGGAAUUUACCAAACAAAUAUCUGACGGACACUGGCGCUGACCCUCUGACCAUGAACUGAAAUACAUUUUUUCACACUACGCAAAUCGCAUUAAAUAUUACUUUUGAUAUUAGUCGAAAUAUUACAAAAUACCAAGUCUUAAGUAGGUAAAUGUUGUGUCACUGACUGUAUGCAUUGAUAUUUUAAUACAUUUUAAUGUACCCAUAUUUUUAAACGUGUUGGAUUUCACCGUCGCUAUUCUGUAAACAUGUAUUUACUAAUUGUUUAUACCAGGAAAUAUACGUGUAGAUAUAAAGAUAUAUUUUAAAUAAACGCAUAAUAUUAAAUAACAUGAGGAAUGCUCUGUUUCCGUUGGAAAGUAUACUCGUAAGUAUGUGUUAACCUCAUCCUUAUUUUUAAAGGGACGUAUAGUCACUUCAUAUAAAUCAAUCAACAAAAUUUAAUCAAACUUAAAGAUAAUUUUAUAUUAUUGCAUGUAAUAGAAACGUUGUAAAUUUUCUAGUUUCAAUGCAUUGACAACAAACUAGAGCCAAUAGAAUUAGUUUUAAUUUAUUGUGCAAUUUCGUAAAUUUUUAGAAACAUUCAAUUCAGCAGUACCAAAGUCAAUAAUAUAAAAAAAAAAUUGGUUACCUUCUAAUACCAUUUGUAAUAUGUUUUAUUUCUACAUUUUCUAUAAGCAUUUAACCCCUUAAGUAAUGGUGAAAAAAUCAGGUGGAUAGUUUUAUUAUUACCUGUGACAAAUAUUGGGAUGUUGAAUAAGGUCUCGCUGUUUUUUUUUUCGUGAAGAUUAAUGCUUUAUUUAAAAAUAUUAGUAAAAAACAUGUCACUCAAGGUAUUGUCUAUGGCAAGCCACUACUUUGUCGUAUCUUUCUGACAGCAUAUUGAUUCGAUGUUGGAAAUACGACACGUAUUUUGGGGCUGUCCUAGAGUUGAUCCAUAUUUUGGCAUCUUCAUAAGAAUGGAAAAGUUGAUCAGCCAAGCCAUGUACCAUCGAUCGGAACAAGUGAUAAUCGGAAGUGGAAUCCCAUUUAAGCGUUUUCCAAGUAGGUUUUUACUGGCAGGUACUGCAAUAUCUUUGCGAGCAUUGUCAUGCUUCAAUACUCGACCAAAAUGCAUCAAUUGUAGUCGAUGCCGAUCUCCCGUGAAUAUUUCAUUCGGUUUGAGCAGCUCAUAAUAAAUUACACUCAGCUGAUUCCACCAAAUGCAGAGGAGAAGCUUGGAACGAUGAAUAUUUAACUUUGCUGACGAUGUUGACUCAUGACCGGGCUUGCUCAUCGAUUUUUUACGUUAACGUAGCAUAGCGUAUCCAUUUUUCAUCUCCAGCUACAAUACGAUGCAAAAACCUUUCCUUUUCUGCCAUUGAAGCAGGGUUUGACACGUGGAAAGACACCGUUUGACGUCUCUCGGCCUGAACUCAUUCGGCACCCAAUGUUCUUGCCUUUGAAUCAUUCUUAAUGCUUUGAAACGUUUUGAAACUGUUAUGUAGUCAAUUCCUAGUGAUUCUGCAAGUUCACUAGCGUCUGACAUGAGUUUUCAUGAAAUACCUAAUCAGUUCUGAAGAUUCUAAACCAAUCUCUGCAUGUUGUGUGCCCCAGAGAGCAUGGUCGCCGUGUCUCAACAAGAAUUAUGUGUGCUUCAGCUGUAGAUUUCUUUUGAAUAGAGUGGUGCAAUAAAAUUCCCAGCAUUCUUUUUUUGGCACGAAAUUCGACAUGUUUAACACCUAAAAAAAAAGUAGUUUACUCUUCGGCGAAAUAAUAUACACUGAUGUUCAAGCUUGCUUAUGGUAGGUACUACUUUCUAGGCGCUACCACGUUAAACGACCUGCUUGCAGUUCUGAUGACGCCAUCUGUUGGAAAACAACGAGAAUUUAUUGCAGACCAUAUGUGACGUCACACCGUUCGACUGGCUCGGGCUACGACUCAAUGCACUAUGAGCUAUUGUCUCUAGCUAUUUAUUUGUAGUAUAGUUUUACUUUUUCCAUGUAUUGGUUACAAAAUAAUAUAAUUAACCUUUAUGCCAAAAGGAUCAGAUUUAGGUUUAAAAAUAUACACCUUUCACUUAGUGGAAUUAUGGAAGCUGUGGACUUAAUAAAAUCUGAACCGUAAGAAUAAAUUGGCAAGUAAUAAGUAAGUAUAUAUUUAAUAAUUUUAUGCUACAGUCAGCUAUAAAAGUCAGCACAACUAUUUCAUUAAACCUUAUAAUAAUUGAAAAAUAGGUAUAGUUCAUUCACGUUUGUUUGUUCAACCAAAAUGUAUUUACUCAUUCAUUAAUUUCAUUUCAAACUGACCAAGUCAUUUUAAAUUUAAGGUUGAGGUUGACCUAUAUCUGCUGUUCUUAAAGUAUUGUUUACGAUAUUAUAAGAAGCAUUAAUUUUAUAAUGCCACUUAAACUAUGAAAUUUGAGAGAUAAAAAGGAAUUUAUAGUAUUGUGAGUGUAUUGUGAAUUAUUUAUUAUUUACGUGACUUUCUAACUAAAAUUGAAAAAUAUUUCUCCCUGUGUGUUAAAGAACAACAUGGAAACAGCGUUUCCCAACUUUUUUUUGCAAAAUGUAACCAUAUCUCUAUAUAAUUAAUUAAUUAAGAAAUAGCUUUAUUAUUCAUUAAUUAAUUAUGAUGAAUUAUCAAGAUAUAUCAAAUAUUUCUUUGAUUUUUGCAACUUGACAGUUUUGAUUGUAAGCAAAACUCGCAAUCCAUUGCUCAGAACGUCCUAACUGCUGCAACCACUCACGAUCCUUCUAGGUACUAAAUAAUUAAAAUAUUUAUACUGUAGUUAUAUAUACAACUCUUAUGUACAUCAAACUAUACCUAUACUCGUAGAAUAGAAGAGAAUAAAGAAACCUUUAUUUGUCAACAUAUCUGCAAGUCGUUUUAGACAGUUGUUGAUGCGUAAGACUGUAUCAUAUCUUCCGCAUGCUUUGAACAAUGAGAAAGAUGCCAGGGGAAUAGAUUUGUGCCCAAAUAUCCACUAUACAUAAAUAUACCUAAGCUUUCACAAGCCCAAUUUGUCUCGAAUUUGCUUUUAAACACUAUAUAAGUAGUAUAAAACAUUAACUUUUUGAACAGUAUUUUUUUAUGUUUGUUCUCAACUAAUAUAAAAAAUAAAUGAAGAAAACUUCUUUGUCCAGAAUAAUUUUUCUUAUACUUCUACGGCGUAUUGAACUAAUACUGAUAUUUAUGAAGGAUUUUUGUUUCAUCUUGGUUUGUUAUAAUAUUUAGUUUAAUAUUAUUGUUUUUCAUAUUAUUUUCUUAGGGCUAGUAGUUUUCGAGUAAGAGAAGCCUAGAUGUAAAGCACAGUGAAUAACUGUUCCGUAAAAUGCUUGCUUUAUUAUAAUGAAUUGAAAAAUUUAAAAUUUCCUUCUAAAUAUUUAGAACCCUGUCCAUAUUUUUGUAAAGCUAACUUAGUAUACGUAUAAGUACGGAGACUUCAUAAAUGAUUACAAGUCGCGUGACCAGUAUUUUUGUUUUAAACAGUGAUUUUAUUUCCUUCAUGUAGGCAAUUUAAAUUAUCAAAUCAAUAAGAGUAAGAUUACAUUAUAAUAUAUCUCUACUCCUCAUUCUAACUACGAGAAUUAGCCCAUAAGUCGGAGACUUGUACGGGAGAGGAGGCG